GGAGCCGCCGCCCGCCCUUUGGCCCUUUGGCCCUUUGGUGCUCCUGCGGGGACGUGUUCUUUUUUUUUCGGUCUCCCAAGGAAGGUUUUUGACAGUUAGGAAACUGGAAUUGUGGGUGAGGACGAUGGAGGGAAACUUUUUACCCCUGAAGAAUAUGAAGACUAUAAAAAAAGAGUUUUACCGAUGCGCCUACAGAACAGAUUGUUCGUGAGCUGGCGAUCACCAACUGGAAUAGAUUGUAAACUUGUGGGCCCAGAGACACUGUGCUUUUGUACACACAGGUAUAAACAACAUAAAACUGACUUUGAAAUGAUUCCACAGCAGCGCCCCAUUAGUCUGCCUUGCCGGGUGACGGGCUGCCAGUGCAGGGCUUACCUUUAUGUCCCUUUGAAUGGUACGCAGCCCAUUCGCUGCAGGUGCAAGCACUUUUCGGAUCAGCACAGUGCCGCGCCUGGCUUUACGUGCAAUGCCUGUUCCAAGUGUUCAGGAUUCCAUAGCUGCUUCACUUGUUCUUGUGGUCAGCCUGCAUAUACCCAUGACACCGUAGUGGAAACCAAGCAAGAAAGACUGGCUCAGGGAAGACCGGUGGGACAGGAUGUUCCUUACGCAGCAGUGGGAGGAUUGACUGGCUUCAGCUCCCUGGCAGACGGCUACAUGCGGUUAGAUGGCAGUGGGGUUGGUGCACCCUCGGCUGAAUUUUUUGACUCUCCAGGUAUGGCCACGGACCACCCAUUUCUAAAAGCAUUUCAAGCAUCAUCUAGUGCUUCUCCAGAAACAGAUGCAGGUACAAGUAGUCAAGAUUCUUCCUUAAGGAGACCUGGAGAGGAUGACAUGGCUUACUUUGAAAGACGAUACCAGGAAAGGAUAAAUAUGGAAAAGGCUGCUAAGCGUAAAGGAAAAGCACCAUUGCCGUCAAACACAAAACCUUCAUGAAGACGAUUGGGGAAAUUAAAGCCAUCAUCCAAAUAUAUCUUUUUUGUGUUUAUUUAAAUGUAGUAAUGUAGUUUAUUUCAUCUCAAGUUACUUCUUUUAGUAUAUAAAAAUGUCUGUUUGGAU